AUGGAAGGAAUUCUAUACGGUUCUCAAGCUUCCGGCUCUGCCUCUGCCAAACAAAAAGGCAAGCAAGUAGCAAUCGCUAAAAACUUCGCUGGGGCAAUAAACGCUGACUCUAAAGCGUUGCCAGUUCUUGCUGUGUAUAAGCAAAAGUUUGUUUCUAUAACUCGUGCACUUAGCUCUGCUUCGGCUAAAUUAGCCGGAGCUACAAGUCUUGCGCCAGGUAGUAUGCAUGACUUAAAAGUUAAGAUACCAGCUAACUUGUCUGUGGGUGACAAACAUGAAAUUGACACCCUAGUUCACGAAAAGCUUCGUGAACAUUAUAUCACCAGCCUGACCACCAAGGUCAAUGCGCUAAAAGAAGCAAGAAAUGCUUUAAUACCAGCUUUCCAAAAGGAGCUGCAAGAUGCGCAUACUCGUUUGCUUACAGAAAAGAACGAAGGUGCUACUACAGAAACAAUAGAAUACUGGAAGAAAAUUGCUGACGAAAUCGUCGCGUUUAACGACCAGGAGUUUC